AGAACUCCCACACCCAGCAUGCCUUGCGGCAAGCAGCGUGAUUUUGCUGUCAGCGGUGCUCUUGAGCUCGCCGACUAGCCAAAAAAAUAAAAAGGUUUUACAUGAUUCCUAAGACGUGUUUGCUGACAAGCAAGCAUGUGAGAGUCGUAAUAGUGCUAAAAUGGACACAUCGACUUCCUGAUUCCUCCCUGGGACAUGUCUUCUUCCUGUCGUCGUAAACAUAUCAGCAGUGUCAGAAUGUGCUGACUGAGCAGCAGAAGAAGUUUGAAAGAUGAAGAAAUAUGUCAUCUGCUGCUUGCUAGUCGUGUUUAUUUGCUCUUUUCACGUCUUUGCCCUAACAAGUCAGAUGUUCAGAAGACAUGGAGGCUUUUCUCUCUCCUCUGACUUCAACUAUGACACUUUCUACUUGGACCAAAAGAUCGAUCAUUUUGGCUUCCAGGAAGACGGCACGUUCAAACAGCGCUACCUUGUGGCCGACAAGCAUUGGCGUCAACCAGGCGGUCCCAUUUUGUUUUACACCGGCAACGAGGGCGACAUCUCCUGGUUCUGCAACAACACUGGCUUCAUGUGGGACGUGGCUGGGGAGAUGCAGGCCAUGUUGGUGUUUGCAGAACAUCGGUACUACGGAGAAUCCAUGCCCUUUGGACCGGACUCUUACCGAGACAGCAAACAUCUCAACUACCUGACCUCAGAACAGGCCCUGGCAGAUUUCGCUGUACUGAUCCAGAACCUGAAGUCCAGCAGGCCCGGGGCCCAGCACAGCCCAGUCAUCGCCAUCGGAGGUUCUUAUGGAGGCAUGCUGGCCGCCUGGUUGAGGAUGAAAUAUCCUCACGUGGUGGUGGGCGCCUUGGCCUCCUCUGCUCCAAUAUGGCAGUUCACUGGCAUGGUUCCUUGUGGACACUUCUACACUAUUGUCACUCAAGACUUUGCUCAAAGUGGACCAAACUGUCACGCCAACAUCCGAGCUUCAUGGAAGGCCAUCGAUCGCCUUUUCUCCACUGCGUCUGGUCGCCAGUGGCUGUCGGAGGAGUUGGGCUUGUGUGCGCCAUUCAAGAGCCAGAAGGACUUGGCAGACUUCAAGAGUUGGCUGCAGGAGACCUGGGUCAACCUGGCCAUGGUGGACUAUCCAUACAAAGCCGACUUCCUGCAGCCGCUGCCUCCCUGGCCCAUUCAGGCUGUGUGCAAGCAUCUGCGCCUGGAUUCCACCGCCUCCGACCAGCAGCUGCUGCACGGCGUCUCCCAGGCGGCCAAGGUCUACUACAACUCCACAGGAAGUUCCCCCUGCCUCAACACCUCUCAGACAGCCACCGGUAGCCUGGGCGCGCUGGGCUGGAACUACCAGGUUCGUGCCUGUAAAGCACGGCGGGCCCGCCGGCGUCCAUCUUGGCUGAGAACGCCGCGUCCUCCUUUGCAGGCCUGCACAGAGAUGGUGAUGCCCAUGUGCGCCGACGGGGUCCAGGACAUGUUCGAGGCCGAGGAGUGGGACUUCCAGGCUUUCUCUGAUGAGUGUCACGCCACGUUUGGCGUGCGGCCGCGAGCCAACUGGGCCGCCAGCGUUUACGGGGGGAAGGACAUCGCCUCACACAGCAACAUCAUCUUCAGCAACGGCGGCCUGGACCCGUGGUCUUCAGGCGGAGUGACCUUUAACGUGUCCGACUCUCUGGUGUCCAUCGUGAUCCCUGAGGGCGCUCACCACCUGGAUCUGCGCCACGCCAACGACCUGGACCCACCCUCCGUGCGCGCCGCCCGUGUGUUGGAGCUGGGAUAUUUCUGGAGGUGGAUCCAAGAGGCCGCCAAAGCACACCAAACCACAUCCACCUCUGGAUAACACACCGGUUUUUAAUUCUACUUUUUAAAAAAUUAGUUAUGAAACAUUGAUUUGUGCCAAACGUAAAGUGCACAAAGACCUCAAUUAGACACAAAACAUUAUCUCUGGUCUACAAAGAUCAUCUGACAACACAAACCAUGAUCGUUUUCCUUCUCGGUCGGGGAGGAAGAAACUAAUCUGCCUGUGAAAAUGAUUAAAAAGAUGAUUCUGCCUUUCAAAA